GUUUCGAAAAAAGAAUCGUCUAGCACCAACUUUAUUCUCUAUCAAGUUGAAACUUUGCAAAAGAUUGGAACUGCACCCCGGCCCCCGCGUCGCCUAGCCUAGGCGACACGGGCGGCAGCCUCCAACCGUGCCGCCGCCGGCACCCCCUCGCCGCCGCCGGAGGCCACCACUGGGCAAAGCCCGCGCCGUGGCGGCGGCGGCGGGGUCUCCCUCCGUGGUGCGGCUCUCCUCGCGCGGGGCCCCAUGGCUGGCAGCCGCCUCCUGGUGGUUCAUCGGAGCCCCUUCCGAUGCCCCGGCGACCUACAGCGCUCCUCCUAGUCGCGGAUCCGGUGGCUCCCUCCUCCUGCGCCCCAUGGUGGCCGUCCCGGCGGCGUCCCUCCGGCGCCAGAUCUGGCGCCGCUGGCGCAGUCCCUCCCCACCGUCGUCACCGGCGCUGACCUGGUGCGGCGCGUCAACCCCGCCCCCCGCCCUCCCCUGCGCUCCAUCUCAACUGGCCACCCCCUGGCCCUGGCUGGCCGGCGUCCUCCCGAUGGCAGGGCCUUGUCCCGGCCGUGCCUCCUCUCUGGCUGGCCACGGUGGGGCUGAUGCCCCCCUGGCCUUCGGCUGUCCGGCAUCUUCCAGGCAGCGGAGCCUCGUCCCAGGCUCCCAGCCAUGCCUCUUCCCUUGAGCUGGUUGUGGUGUGCUGUGGGCGGCGAUCUAUCCUGUGGUGGCCAUCUGCGGUGUUGCGUCCAGCGGCGCCCUAUGUCAUCUUUCCUGGUGAUUGGUGCGCGGCUCUUCUCCCAGCGGUUGUGGUCUUGGCCUGCUUUGGCGGCCUUGUCUCUAAAUCCUAUCUGGCCUUUGGGAUUGUGCGGAAUUUGGCCGGGGCGAAAGCCUUGCUCGGCUCGCCGAUGCUGGCGGCAGCGACACCUGCGGGUGUCGUUCCCUUCUUGGAGGUGCCGUCAUGGCCUCUUCUCCGCGCCCCUACGCGAGUAUCGGGGAAACCCCAGAUCUGGUUCACUAGAUCGGACGGCGGCGGCGUCUUGGCGUUGUAUCCUUCAUGAAGGCGCUGUUUUGUUGCUCGUGGUGUGUUUGGUGUUGGCAUUGGAGACUUCGGACGCUUUGCUGGUCCAGGCUGCUCCUCUUGGUAUGGGCUUCCGGGCGCUAUGCACGGCCUCGACGGCACUCUCUUCAUGGCUUCUCCUUCCAGUCUGGCCAAGUCCUGCACCCCAUUUGCCGAUCCUCUAGGCGCAUAGGUGAGAGGUACGUUGAUCCGGUUUGUUCUGGAGGCGCGGCCGUGCGACGAUGGUGCCCGGCGUUGGUCGCGACGCGGCCUUGAUACCUUUGUAUCUCGUAUCUUUGGGUUGAUGGCCGGAGUUUGAGCUAGGAGAGUUCUUUGCUGUGUUGUAUCCCUUCUUGUUGUUCCCACACUUUCGUGUGAUGCUUCUCUCUUUUCCUCUUGUAUGCCUAUGUAAUUUCUCUUCUACCUAUCAAUGAAUGAUACCCAAGCUUUACGUAUUCGCGAAAAAAAAACUUUAAUCAGCUCCCAGCAACACCCCUUGAAAAACAACCACGCCACAGUCCACAGAUAACUCCUCCGCCCCUACCAACUGUUCGUUUUGAGUUUCUGCCGCUACUCAAAAUAAUGUCCAGAUAUACCCAUCCCACGUGGUCCAUCAAGUUGGUUUCUGGUGGGCACAAACCUGGGGGCACACAGCUCAGCCACCGUGUGUCCCACUAAGCUUCCAUGCACUCUCCCAGCCUCCCUCUCUCCCGUAUAAAUCCACCACACCUUCAACCCCAACAUCGCACACACCUCCAUUGAUCCUCGGUGACACACGAGCACACCACACAGACACACACCACACCACACGUCAACACAGACCAUGAGGAAUGGGGCACUUGACGCGCAAAUGAACGGCGGCGGCGCCUCUUCGUCGCCCAUGAUCCCGCCCCCGUUCUGGUCGACGCCGACGCCGUACCUCUUCAUCGGCUUCGCGGUGGUGAUGAGCCUCAUCGCGGUGGCGCUGGCUGUGCUCCUCUGCUCCCGCCGCAGGGAGGGAGGCCGCGAGGACGAGGAGGCGGUCCCGGCCGGGAUGAUGUCUGUGCGCGUGCUGACGCCGUUGGACAGGGAGGUGCCCAAGGUGGUGGUGGUGAUGGCCGGCGACGACAUGCCGUCCUUCCUCGCCAGCGCCACGCCGCUCGCCUUCGCCGAGGCGGCCAAGGUGCAGCGCCCGUACUGCCAGUGCGGCGCCAAGGACGUCGCCGCCCCCGUAUAGCUAACUGUGGCUCUCUCGCCGCCGAUCGACACCCAAGUAUAUAUGUGUCGGUUAAAUCAAACGGGGGGAGCUAAAUUUUGCUUCUUUUAUGUAGAUUAUUACACUAGUUUACAUCAUUUUCCUCCCUAAUUAGUAGUUUUGGUGCAACGAUGCGAAUGCGGUGCUGUGGCCUUGUCCAGGUGGCUUGUUGUUCGGAGCUUCAGAGCAUGUAGCGAGUGCGCAAUUAAUAUGCUAAUUUGGUUGCAUAAAAUUUCCUGUUCUUAUAAAUA